AUGAACAUCGCUACUGCUCUCCCUACCAACUACGGCUCCGGCUCUGGCACCACCCCAGCUGCUCCCAUCACCACUGGAACUUCUCCCAGCUACGGAUCUGGCUCCAGCUCAGGCCCCAGCUACGACUCUGGUGCUUCCGAUGAGACUCCCAGCAGCGGCAGCGGUGGCAAGCCCAGCUACGGCGGCGGCAUCGGUGCCGGUCUCCCUGGACUCGGUGGCUCUUCUGGAGGCAAGGGCGGCCUCGGUGGCAUGAUCGGUGGCUUCAUGCCCGGCGGCGGCAAGCUCCCUGGCCUCGGUGGCUCUGCUGGUGGCAAGCUCCCUGGCAUCGGUGGUGGCCUUGCCAUCCCCGGCAUUGGCGGCGCUGCUGGUGCUGGAGGUGCUGCUGGUGGCAAGGGCGGACUCGGCGGCUUCGGUGGCCUCAUGGGCGGACUUGGCGGCGCUGGCAAGGGCGGACUCGGUGGCCUCGGCGGCCUCAUGGGCGGAAUCGGCGGUGGUGCUCACGGAGGUGCCAACGGCGGCGCUCACGGAGGUGCUGGUGCCGGUGUAGGAGGAGGAGCUGGUGCUGGUGUCGGUGGCUCCGUUGGCGGCGGUGCUCACGGCGGUGCUGGUGCUGGCGUUGGAGGAGGAGCUGGUGCCGGCGUCGGUGGCUCAGUCGGUGGUGGAGCAAACGGCUCUGUCGGCGGUGGUGCCAACGGCGGUGUUGGUGCUGGAGUCGGCGGUGGUGCAUCUGGAUCCGUCGGUGGUGGUGCCGGUGUAGGCGGCUCCGUUGGAGGUGGUGCCAACGGCGGCGCUGGUGCUGGUGUCGGUGGCUCUGUUGGAGGUGGUGCUUCCGGCUCUGUCGGAGGUGGCGCUAACGGAGGUGCUGGUGCUGGUGUCGGUGGCUCAGUCGGUGGUGGUGCUGGUGUUGGCGGUUCCGUCGGCGGUGGUGCCAACGGCGGUGUUGGUGCUGGUAUCGGUGGCGGUGCUCACGGUGGUGCCGGUGUUGGUGCUGGCGUCGGCGGCGGUGCUCACGGUGGUGCUGGUGCCGGUGUUGGCGGCUCUGUUGGAGGCGGUGUCCACGGCGGUGCUGGUGUCGGUGCCGGUGCUGGUGGUAACGCUGGUGCCGGUGUUGGCGGCUCUGUUGGUGGCGGGGCUUCCGGCUCUGUUGGCGGUGGUGCCGGUGCCGGUGCUGGUGGCUCUGGAUCAGUUGGAGGUGGUGCUUCCGGCGGUGCCUCUGGCUCUGUUGGAGGUGGUGCUUCCGGCUCUGGAUCUGGCUCCGGCUCUGGCUCCCACUACUAA